GAGAAAUCCUUUGAAAAUGGGUGUCAUUUGAAAUCCACCGGAUUUGGUUCCUGCCCUAAUUUCAGCACACCGCACACCGCACACCGCAUACCGCACCUCCUCUUCGUCCCUGCUCUCCGGUGCUCUCCUUGCGGUCCCUGCUCUCCUCGUUGUCCCUAACCCCUCCUCCUUCCCUGCUCUCCGGUGCUGCCAUCCUCCCUUAUUGACGCCACUGCCUUUCUCCUUUCUCUACCGGUGAACCUCUUUCGCUUCAUCUUGUUCUAAUCGAUCAAUCACUCAUGUUAUCCAUCAUCCACAAGCUUUCUGACCUCAAAUAAUGCUUCAGGAGCAUCUAGGUUCGCUGUAUGGUGUUAAUCAAACCCUUAACAGGUGUAUGGUACUCCGUCAUCCUUGAAAAAGUUUUACACUUAAAUUCAACCACUCAAAAAGAUGAAGAAAAAGGUAUAGAAAAAAGGGUAAAUUUCUUCACGGGUGACCAUAUCACUUCUAGUUCAAAAGUUUCUCUCUCUUCAUAGUCAUAACCCCUAAUUUAGAAAUGUCAAAUAGCAUAUCUUCUUCCCCCAAAUUUUGCUCUCUUGGGUUCUCUUUCUAGAAAGAGAAAGUAGAGCGAGAGAGAGAGAGAGAGAGAGAGAGAGAGAGAGGAAGCAUGUCUGGGGUGGAGUCGAUUUCUGCUACUACAGGAGAUCAGAGUAAUAUUAAAGGGGUUUCUACACAUGGUGGACGUUAUGUUCAGUAUAAUGUGUACGGUAAUCUCUUUGAAGUUUCUCGAAAGUAUGUUCCUCCGAUCAGGCCUGUCGGUAGAGGAGCUUAUGGUAUUGUUUGUGCUGCGACGAAUGUGGAGACACGUGAAGAAGUUGCCAUCAAGAAAAUUGGUAAUGCAUUUGACAACAGAAUAGAUGCCAAAAGGACUCUAAGAGAGAUUAUGCUUCUUCGUCACAUGGAUCAUGAAAAUGUUAUUGCAAUCAAAGACAUCAUUCAGCCUCCACAGAAGGAAAACUUCAAUGAUGUGUACAUCGUUUAUGAGUUAAUGGACACCGAUCUUCAUCAGAUAAUACGUUCUAACCAACCUCUGGCUGAUGCUCACUGUCGGUAUUUUCUUUACCAAAUACUACGAGGACUCAAGUAUGUUCAUUCCGCACACGUCUUGCAUCGUGAUCUAAAACCAAGCAACUUACUUCUCAACUCGAAUUGUGAUCUAAAAAUUGGAGAUUUUGGGCUUGCAAGAACGACUUCCGAAACAGAUUUCAUGACCGAAUACGUUGUUACUCGCUGGUACCGGGCCCCAGAGUUGCUCUUAAAUUGUUCGGAAUAUACAGCAGCUAUCGACAUCUGGUCAGUAGGUUGCAUUCUCGGUGAAAUCAUGACUCGACAACCGCUGUUUCCUGGCAGAGAUUACGUUCAUCAGCUCAGGCUUAUCACAGAGCUCAUAGGUUCACCAGAUGACGCAAGUCUUGGAUUUCUAAGAAGCGAUAAUGCACGAAGAUACGUUAGACAACUUCCUCAGUAUCCGAGGCAACAAUUCUCUACUAGAUUCCCAAAUACGUCUCCAGGAGCUCUGGAUUUGCUGGAAAAGAUGCUCUUCUUUGACCCAAAUAGGCGUAUUACAGUUGAUGAGGCACUGUGUCACCCGUACCUAGCACCGCUUCACAAGAUCAAUGAGGAGCCGGUUUGCCCUCGACCGUUUAGUUUCGACUUUGAGCAGCCAUCGUGCACUGAAGAACUCAUCAAAGACCUGAUUUGGAGGGAGACUGUAAAAUUCAACAUGUUAGCUGACACCAUGGAUCCACUCGAUGACAUAUUUGGUUCAUCACUAAACUUAGAAGACGCCCACUUGAACGAAGGCUUUCAAGAAGGCUAUGAUGCCGGUUUGGCUUCUGGAAAAGACGAUGGACGUGAAGUUGGAUUGAGAACAGGGUUUGUAACCGGUGAGGAAUUGGGGUUUUACAGAGGUUGCAUUGACGUUUGGAACUCGGUGAUUCGAGUCGAACCAACGUGUUUUUCGACCAGGGUUCAGAAGAACAUCAAAGAGAUGGAUGAAUUGGUGACCAAGUAUCCGAUCUUGGAGCCUGAAAAUGAAUCUGUAACGGAAAUGAUGGGGUCGUUAAGGUUGAAGUUUCGGGCUAUUUGUGCAACGUUGAACGUGAAGUUGGAGUAUAAUGGAUACCCAAAAGCCUCGGGCUCGAAAGACCAGUUUUGAAGUAGAAGAGGAUCGAUCGAUCGAAGAAGUCUUCUUCUCGACAAACUUUUUUUUCUGUACAUGUAUAAUACAUCUAUUUGUUCUUGUUUGAUAAGAGGCAAUAAAUGAUCGAUCAAUUAUCGUACUUGUCGUUUUAUUGCAAAACAAUUGUUAUUGUCUUGCUUAAAAUCAUGACAUUUAUCAUAUAAGUCUGAUUGGACCCA